CGCACACAUGUUAUGAUUUUGAUCAUCACUUAUCAUCAUCACCUCCAAAUCGAAUUCAACUUAGGUCGUGUUGGACUCAACUGGUGGUUGCACUUUAUAAAAAAGAAGAAGAAGAAGAAGAGGACCAACAAAACAACUCAUAACCCACAAUACAAAGAAUAUUCCAUUAAUAUUAUUUUUCUGCUCGAUAAUUCAAUUCAAUUCCAGGUAUUACAUACUGUUUCUUCCAAACCAAAACACAAACAAGACAAAAACAAACACCUUGGUGCGGUAAAAGGUUUUUGAUGAUUUGUUACGGUGUUGUUGUUUGAUUCAACGAUGAAGAAGAAACCCAUGGAGAGUGUGAAUGAUCUGAUCCAAGAGUUUAAGCUCCGCACUCUUUGGUGGGCUCUCUCUAUUUUCGCCGUUUCUUAUUUCCUCACUCAUACAAGUAAAUCGAUGUGGAUGAAUGUGCCGAUGUCAAUUCUAUUUGUUUGUGCUCUGCGCAUUAUUGUAAAUAAUGUGGAAUUUCGUUGGAAGGUUAAACAACCUAGAUCACAUACAUAUUUAUCACAUUUGGAGAAAAAACAGUUGUCUUUGAAUGAUCCGCGUCUCUCUAGUGUACCUCCCCCGGUAAAGUGGAAGAGGAAAAUUGAUUCUCCUGUUGUGGAGGAUGCAAUGGCUGAUUUCAUUGAUAAGAUUUUGAAGGAUUUCGUGGUUGAUUUGUGGUACUCGGAGAUUACUCCGGAUAGGGAGUUUCCUGAUCAGAUACGCGCUAUAAUCAUGGAUGUUCUUGCUGAAAUAUCAGCAAGGGUUAAAGAGAUAAAUCUUGUCGACUUGUUGACAAGGGAUUUAGUUGAUUUAGUAGGCGAUCACUUGGAACUUUUUAGAAGAAAUCAAGCGGCUAUAGGUGUCGACGUUAUGAAAACAUUAUCUACAGAGGAGAGGGAUGACAGAUUGAAAUUCCAUUUGUUGAACUCUAAGGAGCUUCAUCCAGCACUAAGAUCUCCCGAGAGUGAGUACAAGGUUCUUCAGCGGCUAAUGAGUGCACUUUUAGCUACAGUACUAAGACAACGUGAAGCACAGUGUCCCGUGAUUCGCUCAAUAUCUCGGGAACUUUUGACUUGCUUGGUGAUGCAACCUGUUAUGAAUUUGGCAAGCCCUGGGUUUAUAAACGAGCUGAUUGAAACACUUCUACUUCUCCUUAACGACAACGAUAGUAAAAAGUGGAUGGGUGGCGAUCAGUCAACUAAUGUAGCAAGUCAUCAUCAUGGUAACUCUGUUGCUAAUAGCGGCGGACAUGACAAUCUCACAGCCUCUAGUAAGCAUCCACCUUUAUACCAAGGAACUGAGAUGACAUUGGCUAAAAUGAGCGACCGGGGAGAGACAUCCUUACAAAAUAAUUCAGUCCAUCAAAAAUCUUCACAGCCCAAGCCUGCUGAUUGGGCACAAAUGUUGGAGGUUGCAACUCAGAGGAGAACUGAAAUUCUUAUGCCCGAGAAUCUUGAGAACAUGUGGGCAAAAGGAAGAAAUUACAAAAGGAAAGAGAACAAAAUUGUCAAAACUGGAUCUCAGGAUCUUCACACCAAGAGUUCUGCUACUGACCGUUCAUUGCUGAAUAGAAAAAUGAACCAGGAAACGUUAGUGAGUAAACAUGGAAAGCAUGAAGCUGCUGAAGUGAAGUCUUCUCUACCUUCAACGCAUGCCUUGACUUCGGAUCCCCUACAAAGUGUUGCAUCUACAAAUAUUUCAGAAUCUUCGCAAUACCCAGACAAGACGUCAUCGUUCGAGGGAGAGCUUAGAGUUGAUAAAAUGAAGGGCACAAAGGAUCUUGCUUCUGAUGGGUAUAAAAGUUCGUUAAAGAGGUCUAGCAGUGCUUCUGCCUUGGCAAUCCACCUUAAUCAAGAAGGUAGCUCCAUUAUUUCAGAGUUUUUCAACCCGGAAUUUGAGAGGCGCGAAGGAUUUCGGGGAAAGAGUUCUUCUGACAUGAUAGUUAGGAAAGAGGGGCAAUUAGCUCCAAAGCUCCGGUGCCGGGUUGUGGGAGCAUAUUUUGAGAAAAUUGCUUCCACGUCUUUUGCUGUCUACUCAAUUGCAGUGACUGAUGCACAGAAUAGAACUUGGUUUGUAAAAAGAAGAUACAGGAAUUUUGAGCGAUUGCAUCGACAUCUUAAAGAUAUUCCAAAUUACACAUUGCAUUUGCCUCCUAAAAGGAUAUUUUCCUCGAACACUGAUGAUGCCUUUGUACAUCAACGCUGCGUUCAGCUUGAUAAAUAUCUCCAGGAUCUCCUGUCAAUAGCUAAUGUUGCUGAACAACAUGAAGUAUGGGACUUUUUUAGCGUUUCCUCAAAGAACUACUCUUUUGGGAAAUCUUCUUCGGUGAUGAAGACCUUGGCAGUAAAUGUAGAUGAUGCUGUGGAUGAUAUUGUACGCCAGUUCAAGGGGGUUUCAGAUGGUUUAAGGCGAAAAGUUGGUGGAUCACCAUCCCUCCUCAAUGAGGGACCUUCCACAUCAUUGUACUUGCCUUGGAAUGCAGAUGAAUUGGAUAAAAGUACCACACAGCAAAGUGCUACAACAAGUGUGUUAAGUUCUGAUACUGAGGACGGUGAUAGGAACAGUAAUCUAGGCCAUGAUAAUUUUGAUAGAGAAGAAGUACAAGAUAAUGCAUUGAUUUUGAAAGGUUACCCAUCACUGGUAACAGACUAUACUGACGAGUCCAGCAACUUGGCUAUUGAUAGACAGCGUGAUCUGUCGGAGGAAGCUAGGAUUAGCAAUGACGUUCCAACUACAAAUUCCAUUCUUACUCGCGAUAAUUUGGAGGAUCCUGUUGGAGUGCCACCUGAGUGGUCCCCACCUAAUGUUAGUGUCCCUCUUUUGAAUUUGGUUGACAAGAUAUUUCAGCUUAAGAAAAGAGGUUGGAUAAGGAGACAGGUGUUUUGGAUGUCAAAACAGAUAUUACAGCUGGUGAUGGAAGACGCUAUUGAUGAUUGGCUCCUGAUGCAGAUUCACUGGCUUCGGAAAGAGGACACUGUUGCACAAGGGAUUCGGUGGCUCCAAGAUGUCCUCUGGCCUGGUGGUAUGUUCUUUACAAGAGUAAGAUUACCCCAAAUAACAAAUGGUGGCAGUGAUGAAAAGCCUUCUCAAACAAUAAGUGGAUCUGGGGGGCGCAACAUCACAAAACACGAAUCUGGCUCUUUUGAGGAACAGCUUGAAGCUGCUCGUAGAGAAAGUGACAUCAAGAAACUGCUCUUUGAUGGUGCUCCAACAACUUUAGUCAGCUUGAUCGGGCAUAAUCAGUACAGACGCUGUGCCAGAGAUAUAUAUUACUUCAGUCAGUCUCCUGUAUGUAUGAAGCAACUUGCCUAUGCAAUUCUGGAACUUCUACUUGUUUCCAUCUUUCCUGAGAUGAGGAAUGUUGUGUUGAGUGUUCAUGAGAAUAUGAACGUUCACCAAGCGCCGUGAGUUCUUCAUCACUUGUGGUAGUGGCUUGCCUAUGUUGUACAUGAAAUUUGGAAGACGGUGUUUUGGUUGUAGAUUGUAGAUGCAAGAACAGGAGCUAUGACAGAUGCUUUAGGAAAUUGGCAAUUGGUUUUGAAUCUCUUUCCAACUGUAUAAAACUUAGAUAUAGGUUGUGUACAGAAGAAACAACAAUCAUGUUGUGUUACUAUGUUUUGUCAAGGCAUAUACCCCAUUUUCAUGGGGAUUUUGUAUUGUUACAGAUAGGGUCGUGAAAUGCUUCUAGUGAAUAGGAUUAUUCUUUAUUCGUUUAGUCAUUGGGAUUAGAGAGGCUAUUUUGCUUAACUGCAAUUAAUUGAAUAUUUUCUUCUUUAAUGAUACACUAAAACACAUUUUAUAGUUA